AUUAAAAAUUCAGCCCACAAAAAUGAGCAAAUUAAAAAAAAGAAAAAGAAAAGAUGAUAAAACCCAAAACCCUACUGGCUUUUUCUAAAAUCUUUGAAACUGUCAGCUCUUAACCCAACCCCCUCACCAUUUCUUUCUUCUUCUUCUUCUGAACUUCAUCUCUCUAUCUAAUUUUCUGUCCACUAAUAUGUGUAAUAUGGCUCGAGUUUUCAGCUUUUCGGAAUUUGAAUUAAGUUAGAGUUAUUGACUUGAAGGCUACGAGAACGUGGUGGAAAUGAAGAGGAAAUCAUCACUUCGACUCCAAGCUCUUGAGAGCUUCUAUAAAGAUGAAAAUUAUCCUACGCAGAGGGAGAUGGAAGGCUAUGCUGCAGCUUUAGGAUUAACUUUGAAGCAGGUCAAGGGAUGGUUUGUUGAGAACAGGAGAAGGGGUAAAAGGGAUAAUGGAAUUAUGUUACCUAUCCAUUCUAUGAAAAAACUUGCUGCUCCUAAAGAAGGGAAUGCUACUGGCAUUUCUGCUGCUAGAAAUAGUCCUAAAGAACAGGAUCUUUUGGUUCAUAGUAGGUCAACCAGUGGUGAUGUACUAUGUUCGAGAUAUAAAAGCACAUCUUUAGUCAGUGAAAACAGGUUUGGCAAGAAAAAGAAGAAAAUGCUUCUUCCUCAGGAUUUGUUUUCUCCACAGUACAUUCUGAAGAAGGUUUUUCGGAAGGAUGGUCCUCCACUUGGUGUGGAAUUUGACUCUCUUCCUUCUCAGGCCUUUUGCCACUGCCAAGGUUCUAAAGAUUCUCAUCCUGCUGAUCAAGAGUGCCAAAGAGGAGCAACCAAAAGGAGAAAGGUUCCCGAGCUUACCACCAUAGACUAUCAAAACAAUGGUAACAGGAGUGCCCCAGUGAAGAAACAUGGUAUCGGAAAAGGUUUAAUGACAGUUUGGAGGGUUGUGAACCCUGAGGGUGGAGAUCUUCCUACUGGUGUUGGUUUUUCUAAUAGUCAAAUUGUUGCUCCUCCUCAAACAUCUAGUCUUGCAGUGCGAAGGCAACCACCUCGGAACAAAAGACGGCCACCAUUAGUAUCUUUAAUGAAACAGAGAAGGUUGGAAAAGAAGCUACAGGGAAAGAGGAGGCCCUCCAUUAAAAGGAGAGAGGUGCAAUCUAACAAAGAUGACAAUCAUAGGCAACCAAGCAAAGAAAAAUGUGAACUUGCUUUGGAAGGAAGUAUAUCUAAUGAAUGUCUUGAUCUACUUGCAAUGCUAGUUGAUGAUGAAGAGUUGGAGUUGAGGGAGUUACAAGCCGGAACAAAUCCAUUAACAUGCUCAGAUCAUCUUGGUACCAGAGGAGUGCUUGGUUGCUCCCUUUGCAAAGAUUUGCUGGCUAAGUUUCCACCAAAUUCAGUUAAGAUGAAGCAACCAUUCAGUAUGCAACCCUGGGAUUCAUCUCCAGAAACUGUCAAAAAACUGUUUAAGGUUUUCCAUUUCCUGUAUACCUAUUCAGUAACACUUGACAUAUGCUUGUUCACACUUGAUGAGUUUGCUCAAGCAUUUCAUGAUAAGGAUUCCUUGCUACUUGGGAAAAUUCAUGUGGCCCUUCUCAAGCUUCUUUUGUCUGAUGUGGAAGCGGAGCUGAGUGCUGCACUUUCACGACGCUUUAGCUUGCCUUGCAAGUUUCUUGCUCUUCUUCACUCAGUAGAGAACCAGGAAUUUGUGGUCGAGUUCUGGAAGACAUCCUUGAACCCUCUGACAUGGACAGAAAUAUUGCGUCAAGUUUUAAUUGCAGCUGGGUUUGGUUCAACACAAGGUCUAUUGCGCAGAGAAGCCCUUAGCAAGGAAAUGAGCCUCAUGGCAAGGUAUGCCCUAUGCCCUGGUAGUUUAAAGGGUGUACUGUUCAAAAUUUUGUCAGAAAGAGGAAAUAAUGGGCUAAAAGUUUCAGACUUGGCAUCCUCUUUACCGGUUACUGAAUUGAAUCUCACUAGCACGACUGAGGAACUCAAAGAAUUAAUAUGUUCAACUCUCUCAAGUGAUAUUACUUUAUUUGAAAAGAUUUCAUCAUCUGCAUAUCGUCUCCGCAGUUCUGUUGCAAAGGAUGGCAGCAAUUGUCAUUCUGAUAAUGAGGAUUCUGGAAGUAUUGAUGAUGACUCUGAUGACAGCAGUGAUGAUUCUGAGUAUGACUUGGGAGAUUACUAUCAAAGGAAACUCAAACAUAAAAACCAUUAUAGAAGUAAAAAUAAUAUGUUGACAGUCUACACUGAAAUUGAUGAAAGCCAUCAGGGAGAGGUGUGGUUGCUAGGACUUAUGGAAGGUGAAUAUUCAGACUUGAGCAUUGAAGAGAAGUUGAAUGCAUUAGUGGCUUUGAUCGAUCUUCUUAGUUCUGGUUCCAGUAUCAGAAUGGAGAAUCCUGGUAAAGCUGUUGCUGUGCGUGUUGCCAACAUCCCUCAAUAUGGUUCUGGAGCGAAAAUAAAGGGAUCAUCAUCAAACCAACAGAAUUUUCCUAGGCCAUCAUGGGUCUAUGGUGGACAAAGGAAUGGUGUACAAGAAGCACACACAUCUUCAGACUCUCAUCCAGUUGAUUCAUCUUCAAUUACAAAAUUUUUUGAAAAGGAGAAAUGUUCGGGCAGUAGAAAGGAUGCAAAAGAAACUGAAGUUGGAGUUGAUAUACACCCAAUACAAUCUGUAUUUUUAGGCUCUGAUCGUAGGUACAACAGAUAUUGGCUUUUCUUGGGCCCUUGUAAUGCGUAUGAUCCUGGACAUAGGAGGGUUUAUUUUGAAUCUUCUGAAGAUGGUCAUUGGGAAGUUAUUGACACUGAAGAGGCAUUGCGGACCUUGUUGGCAGUUUUGGAUGACAGGGGUAAACGUGAAGCUCUACUUAUUGAAUCCUUGGAGAAGCGGGAAGCUUCACUCUAUCAACAAAUGUCAAGUAGACAUUUAUUUGAUGCUGGAAUCAGAUUCAUGCCAUCUGAUUCAUCUGAGAUGGAUGUAGGCAGAGAAGACAGUUUGUCUCCUGUUUCUGAUGUUGACAACCUAAGCUUGACAGUGGCCAUGAAUGAAUCUUUGACCUCAUCUGGUGCUAUAGUUCUUGAAGCUGGAAAGAAGGGAGAAGAACAAAACCGAAAGUGGAGACGUCUUCAAGAAUUUGAUGUGUGGAUAUGGGAUUGCUUUUACUUGAACCUUAAUGCUGUAAAGCACAGCAAAUGUUCUUAUCUUGAUUCGCUUACCAGAUGUGAGAGUUGUCAUGAUUUGUACUGGAGAGAUGAGAAACAUUGUCGGAUUUGCCAUGCUACAUUUGAGCUUGAUUUUGAUCUAGAAGAAAGGUAUGCCAUUCAUGUGGCUACAUGCAGAGAGAAAGGAGACAAUAGUAUGCUUCCAAAGUUCAAAGUCCUACCAUCACAGUUGCAAUCACUGAAAGCUGCAGUCCAUGCAAUUGAGUCAGUUAUGCCUGAAGAUGCUUUAAUAGGUGCUUGGACGAAGUCAGCUCACAGGUUGUGGGUCAAACGGCUACGACGGACAUCAUCUUUGUCUGAGCUUUUGCAGGUCGUUGCUGAUUUUGUUGCAGCAAUUAAUAAGAAUUGGUUGAAUCAUUGCCAUAUUGAACAAGGAGGUUGUACUGCUAUUGAAGAAAUCAUAGCAUUCUUUCCAACCAUGCCCGAGACAUCAUCUGCAGUUGCACUCUGGUUGGUUAAGUUGGAUCAGUUUAUUGCUCCAUAUUUGAAGAAAGUUCAUUCUGAAAAGGAACUGGAAAAUCAGACCAGAUGUUCAGAUACAAGAGCGCCGAAAGAAUAAAUCCAAUCUUCUUUGGGGCUUUACAGAUGGGAGCACAUUACUGAACCGCCGGCUAUGGCUUGUGAUUUUGACUAUUGAUCAUUGGAGCAUUAUUUCAAUGCAUUUGAAGUUUGAUUUCAAAGGAUGAAGGCACAAAACAUAUGAGAUUAUACAGAGCAGAGUUUUGACUAAAUUUUGAUUUUUUGAAGUUACUUCACUCACAGCUAUUUUAGAUGUUGUACAGUGUUAGAUACUUGCAUAUGCAGGAAAAUCAAAUUUGUGGUUGAAAACUGUUAAUACCAUGGUGUCCCCAAUUCAGUUGAAUGAUUACUACUUUCUUCAUUGCAGAAAAAAGGAAUGUAGCAGCUGAGAAAUUUCAUUUAAUCGAUGUAGACAGCAAACUUGCAAUUUUAAAAUGGCAAAUGGAGGAAUAAAAGUAUUUCCAGUGUAUGCAGCUGAAGGAGAUGCUUAAGCUUCUUUUUCUUUAUAAUCUGUUUAAGGUCUUCAAUGAUUCCUGUCGAUAAUUUUGGCAUUUGUAUUUGGUAACAGCCUUGUGGCGAAAGGCUUUUGCUGAGCGUUAUGCUUCUUUAUUUUUCCAUUCUCCUGUGAUCGGUCAAGAACAUUCUCCUGUGAUCGGUCAUGAGCCAACCUUG